AUGGGCACCAGCAACGCCCGGCGGCUGAUGGUCCUGUCGUGCCUGGCCGUCCUGGCCCUCGCGGCCGGGGCGCGCCGGCCGAGCGUCCACCACGCCGCCGCACCAAGCGCUGCGGCGCCGGCUCCCAGCAAUGGGGGAGUAGCAGAGGGGAAGGUCCGCGGGUUCGCGAGGGCGGACGGGGCGCGGUUCACGGUGGGCGACCGGCCGUUCUACCCGAACGGCUUCAACGCGUACUGGCUCAUGUACAUGGCGUCCAACCCCGGCGACCGGAGCAAGGUGCUCGCCACGCUGGACCAGGCGUCCCGCAUCGGCGCGACGGUCAUCAGGACCUGGGCCUUCAACGACGGCGGCAGCAACCGGCCGCUGCAGAUUACCCCCGGCGUCUACAGCGAGGACGUGUUCCUGGGACUAGACUUCGUGAUCGCCGAAGCGAAGAAGCGAGGUCUCUACUUGAUCCUGAGCCUGGCGAACAACUGGGGUGACUUUGGCGGGAGGAGACAGUACGUGCAGUGGGCUAAGGACCAGGGCCACAACUUGGGCUCCGACGACGACUUCUUCACGGACCGCCACACCCAGCGCUUCUACAUGAACCACAUCAAGAGGGUCCUCACGAGAGUCAACAACUUCACGGGUGUGGCGUACAAGGACGAGCCCAGCAUCUUUGCAUGGGAGCUGAUGAACGAGCCCCGCGUCCCCAGCGACCUCUCCGGGAAGACCAUGCAGGCCUGGGUGGCGCUCAUGUCCUCCUACGUCAAGUCCGUCGACGGUAAGCACAUGGUGGAGAUCGGCCUCGAGGGCUUCUACGGGGACUCCGCGCCGCAGCGCAAGCGGUUCAACCCCGGUGGGAAUUACAGCGCGGGCACCGACUUCAUCGGAAACAACCGCAUCUCCACCGUCGACUUCGCCACCAUCCACUCCUACCCCGACCAAUGGGUGCCGGGGUCGACAAGCGAGCAGCAGGUGGAGUUCAUGAAGAAAUGGAUGGCGUCGCACACCGAGGACGCGGCGGCGGCGCUGCGGAAGCCGCUGCUGGUGGCGGAGUUCGGAUGGAAGUCCAGCGGCAACGCGGUGGCGGCGCGCGACGACUACUUCCGCAUGGUGUACGACGCCAUCUACGCGUCGGUGAAGGGGGGCGGGCCGUGCGCCGGGGGCCUCUUCUGGCAGGUCAUGGCGCCCGGGAUGGAGAGCUGGACCGACGGCUACGAGGUCGUGCUUGAGCGUAGCCCCUCCACCACCGCCGUGGUCUCCCAGGAGUGCACUAGGAUCGGCGGAAUCACGCCGUGA